AUGGAGGAAUUCCUGAUGAAAGCAGGAGCUUACCUGGAACAAGCUGAAGUUAUACAGAUCACAGAUGAACAAGCUGCAGCUAUAUUGUGGCCUCAGAUGGACGCUGACUUACCAGCAUCAUCAGAUGCAAAAGAUAUUCUCCGUGAGUUACAAAAACUUAAACAGAAAGAAAUAGAUCUUGAACCGCAUGCAAUCUAUUUAUCAGACUACUACCGUAUGAAGAAAAUCCCUAGAGGCUUUAGAAUUAAGAAUGUUCCCACUAAUGGUAGAAAUAAUCCAGAAGUCUGUCGCAAGUGGAUUGGUGUAUUAAACAAAUGUUCCUUGGAUCUCAUGCUGGUAGUCAUUGAGGAAGUGGGCAGAGAACUGAAAAUCACUAAAUAUAAGAUAUCUGACUUUGAACUUAAAAACACAGCGUGA